AUGGUGAUCCUCCUGCAGCAUAGCAACAACCUCAGCACCGGGCACAGCUCCGCGUCGGACCCCGCUGCGGCCUCGCUGGGCCGGGCGGGUCACACCGCGGCCGCCGUAGUCCUCGGAUUCAUCCUGGUCCUGGGUUUCCUCGGUAACUUCCUCGUGCUCACGGUGUUCUCGCGCUUCCCCGGGCUGGUGACUCCGGUGAACGUGCUGCUGAUCAACAUCAGCGCGAGCGACAUGCUCAUCUGCAUCUCCGGGACUCCGCUGAGCUUCGCAGCCAGCGUGCGUGGCAGGUGGCUGACCGGGUCCUACGGGUGCCGGUGGUACGGUUUCUCCAACGCGUUUUUCGGUAUAGUAUCUUUGGUGUCUCUCUCUCUGCUGUCCUUGGAGCGAUACUUGGCGUUGCUAGUCAGAACCCACUCGGACUCGAACCCCUCUCAGUACCGCCGAGCCAGGCUCGCUGUAGCGGCCUCCUGGCUCUACUCGCUGGUCUGGACUCUGCCCCCGCUGCUCGGCUGGAGCAGCUACGGGCCGGAGGGUCCCGGCACCACCUGCUCCGUUCAGUGGCACCAGCGCUCGACCGCAGCUCGCUCCUACAUCAGCUGUUUGUUCGUCUUCUGCCUGCUGCUGCCACUGCUGCUCAUGUUCUUCUGCUAUGGGAGGAUCCUGCUGGCUGUGCGAGCCGUGGCAGGACAGGUCACCAGGAUCAAUCGGUCCUCAGCUGAGCGGAGGGAAGGCCGUGUCCUUCUAAUGGUGGUCUCCAUGGUGACAGGCUACCUAUUGUGCUGGAUGCCAUAUGGUGUUGUGGCGAUGCUGGCAGCCUUUGGAAAGCCCGGCGUGGUGCCGCCUGCUGCCAGUUUGAUCCCAUCCCUGCUGGCAAAGACCAGCACCGUCCUCAACCCUGUUAUUUAUGUGCUGCUCAACAACCAGUUCUCCAGGUGUCUCCUGUAUAUGAUCAGGUGCAGCUCAGAAGCCCCUCCCACCCAAGUUCACCAUAUUCUGCCCAGCAGAAGGGGUGUGUGGCGUCACGCUCCCCACCCACCACCAACAGAGGAACAAAACACAGUGCAUGCCAUGUUCACAUCCAGAGACCAGCAAGAACAAGGGCCUGCUCUGGUGCUAGUGGCUCAAUAUGCAACAUAG